AUGACCAGACCCCCGUUGCCGCAAACAAACACUGCCGAGGGGUUGUUCAUUUCUCAAGAGGUUUUGGUGGCUGAUCUGGAUGCGACACAAGUGGACAAGCGAAGGGCCAAGGAGAAAAAGGGUUAUUCCCGCCGCACCUACCUGGCCCCGAAUCUCCACCUCGACCUGCGCGAAGCGAUCCACACAGCAUUCUCCAGCUUCCCACGGCGCGAAGCAAGACUGCAGCUUGUUUUGUUUCGCGACAUUCUGGUGGAAGAGCAGCCCCCCCAGUAUCCAGAAGACGCGACAUUGCCGAUUGGACAUCCGCCUACUGCCGGACGACAACCCAAAGGCUUUCACGGGCAGAAGUCAAUUUGGUUGCAAAACGACCUGCAUCACGUAGUGAAUUAUUCUUCGCGCCAUCCCACCUCCCAACACAGCCAACCCAUCCUCCCCAGGGCAGUACCAAGUCAAAAGUACCCGACCGCCCAGUCGAGCGAGCACAGCGUGUGCAGUCGAAUCUCGAUCGAAAUAGAGUCGAACCAGCCACACGAAAACCCGACAUCCGCCCAGGCCGCCUCUCGGAAGCCUCUACGGUAA